AUGCAGAUGUGUCAAACAAGUCCUAUAGACUUUGAGUCUAUAGACUGGUUAACAGCCAAACUACCUCCGAAAUUCCAUAUUUUAGUCACGUGUUCUUCUACAGAGAUCUCUGCCAUAGUCCAACGGAUCGAGAGCAAACUUUUCCAAGAAGAUGCUGUUGUAUAUGUGAACAAUUUGCUCGAAGAAGACUGUGAACUGCUGCUCAAUGAAACACUUCAAAUAUCGAAACGCACAUUAACACCUAGUCAAAAAAGUGCCAUUUCAGAGAAACUGUCUAAAGACAGAAAUUUAUGUGUGGUUAGUCAGAUUGCCCGUAUUGUGACCGAAUGGCCGUCAUUCUAUUCCAUUGAAGGCGACACAAACAAGCAAAUAUUUAAUUCUAUAGAAGAUUUAAUAUCGGGCAUUCUCGAUAAGCUAGAAGCGGCUGUAGGUAAACUUUGCGCUCAAACCAUUUGUAACUAUUUAACCCUGGCACGGCAUGGUUUGUCGGAAAUAGAGUUAUGCGAUACGUUGACGUCAAAUGACGAUAUCCUGUUGGAUGCAUACAACAAUGUUAAGCCGCCUAUUCUCCGGUUCCCGUGCCAAAUUUGGUCUCGUGCCAAACGUAUACUGGAACCAGUCCUGUGCAACAGUUACAUCGGGGGUAGAAUGCUGCUUACCUGGCGAUAUGCAACGUGCGCGUUUGUUGUUCGCCAGCGUUACCUAAAAAUGCAUGAGCAUGCGUACACUGUACAUAGAGAUUUGGCGGACAUUUUCUUGGAAAACUGGAAGCGAAAAAGUCCAUUCGACAAUUCUAAGGAAUGUGCAUUGUAUCCAUUGGAGACGGACCGCCUUUUAAGCCCACAACCGCUGGUUUAUAACGACUUUAUGUACAAUUACCGAAAACUGCAAGAACUGUGGUUUCAUCUUUUAAAAUCAGGUGACAUUCGACGACUCAAAGAGAACACUCUGUGCAACUUCGAGUACCUGCUAGCGAUGGCGGACGCGGACAGUAUUCAGCGGCUCCUGUACAACAUGGGGCUCAUCCGGUCCCUGCUUGUGGACGAGGAUAUCAACAUUCUAUACCUUACAUUAAACUCCGCGGGCCUCUCCCUGAACUCUGAGCCUCUACAGCUCGUCAACGAACUCAUAGGGAGGCUGAGGCAGCUGAAAGAAUACUUUCCGGACUUUAUCGAGCCGUUGAUGCUGCAGUGCAUGGAAUGGUGCGACAACUACUUACUCCCCUUCCUCGUGCCCCUCACUUCAUGGCUGGACAACGUGCACGAGACGCACGUGACCUCCAUGACCUUCGAGCACGCGAUCACGAGCUCCACCCUCAUUCCUAACGGUCAGCACUUGAUCGCGGCAUCCGAUAACGUCAUCAUGAUGUAUCACAUAGCGACGAAGAGAAGAAUCAAGACAUACGUAGGUCACAAAGCACAGGUGACGUGCCUGUACCUGGACCCGCUGUGCCGAGUGAUCAUUUCCGGCGGCAAUGAUAAGACAAUAUGCGUGUGGAACAUCGACUCGGUUGACCAGUGCGUGCAGACGUUCAGGGACUUCAAAAGCAACGUAACCUGUCUGACCUGCGUCAGUAAGACACUUGUCGUCUGCGGUACGGACGAUGGCGACAUCGUGCUGCGCCGGUUGAGCGAUGGCGAGGUCACCAGGACGCUUGAGCUGCAUCGAAAGCGAGUCAUGGCCGUCCGCCUGUGCAAAGACGACUCCAUUUUAGUUUCGAGUUCCCUUGACGCCACUGUGAUCCUGUGGUACACCGAGGACUGGACGGUGAUGAACAUCAUCACUGACGACACUCUAUCCCCGGUCCUGUGUGUGGACAUCUCCGCCGACAGCGCUUUCCUCAUAGUGGGCUGCGACAAUGGAAACCUACACGUAAUUGCCAUGGCGACCGGAACCAUUGCUCAGACGAUACAUUCACAUACUGGAAUCAUUCAAAGUGUGAGCAUCUGUGGUGACUGUCAUCACUGUGUCGCCGCGUCCUCUAGCGGGGAAGUGUAUCUCUACAAUUUCCGAGCUUCAGAGGUCAUCGACGUGUUCAAAGGUCACAGGUCACCAGUAGAGAACGUCAUGACAACGGACAAUCAUCAGCUUGCAGUAUCAGUUUCCAAGGACGAGAUGUUCGUGUGGAGUCUAAUAAAGCGAUUCACCAAGGAGACGAUCCAGUACUCACACAGCGGGCCUAUCACGUGCAUGUUGAUCACGCAAGACAGGAGAAAACUCGUCUCUGGAAGCGUUGACGGCUUGCUGAAAAUCUGGAAUCUGGACAUAAGCGACUUCUCCGAUAAUCUGAUUGGUCACACCUCAAUUGUCACGUGUCUCGAUGUAGCUAAUGACAACACGAUCGUGGUAUCCGGGUCGACAGACAUGACGUGCAAAGUGUGGAGCCUGUCCAUGGUUAAACUUACCACGAACUACCGAGGUCACGACCAGGCGGUGACCGGCCUCCACGUGCUGACAGAAAGCCGGCUGGUAGUGUCCCUGGACGCCACCCAGAAGUUACACAUGUGGCGCACGGAGGACGGUCAGACAAUGCGCCUAUUCGCCGGACCCACCACCCUGCAUGCACUGGCGCCAAAUAAUCAGCACUUUGUGUCGGGCGCGGGCGACAACCGGUUGCAGAUCUGGGAGCUUUCAAACGGUUCAGUGAUCAAAGAGGUCAACCACACUGAUAAGAUCACGUGCCUCCUUUGUUCUAAAAAUAGCCAGCUCCUCGUGACUGGUUCCCUGGACUGCUCGCUGAAAGUGUGGGAGCUGACCACUGGCAAGAUUGUACAGAUCAUCGUCGAUCACAGUUCGGCGAUUCGAUGCCUUACUAUGACGUCAGCUAAUGACGUCAUUAUGUCUUCCGGUGACGAUGGCGUCAUACACGUCUGUAACGUGCACCUGGGCAGCGUGGAGCGGAAGUUGACCGGCCACUACGAUCAAGUGACGUCACUUGCCCUGACAGCAGACGACUCUAUACUAGUUUCUGGAUCCAUCGACUGCACUGUUCGAUUGUGGAACUUCCGGCGCGGUACGCAGACGACAUUAUUGGACGCGCAUUUCCCCGUGUUAGGUAUCGCGCUCACCGACAUUGCUGACCGGAUAGCGCUUCGGCUGGCAAACUCUAACCACAUGCCCAUUCUAUGCCUGCACAACACGCCUGCGAAAGCUCAAAAAUUGUCCCCCCGUAGGUCCCGAGAUAAAGUUUUGACGUCAGUGUCGUCUGAUAGGAAUGAACGUCGGAACACGAGCACGUCGUUUGGUAUCAGCCUGUUUGAAUUGUCGUCUGAAUCUGGCGGUGAUGAAGAAAGAAUGCUGCCAAUCAAACCCAAACAUGGUCAGAGACCGCGCUCAUUCAUUUUGGCGUCAGAACGCAGACGUGUAACCUCGCCCUCGAUUAUCCCGCUCAUUAUAAAGCACUCCCCUAUCAAGGCGCAGAUCCAAGCGACGGUAAAAGCGCAAGAGAAGCACCGCCUGAAGUUCCGGUUGCAGCGGGGAACCAACAAACCCAAGAAGUCCGACACGCCCAGAAAGAAUGACUCCUCGCACAUUUGCGCGAUUCUUUGAUUGGAUAUGGCAGACUGGUUUAUUGUGAUAGUGGCGUAGAGACCUAUAGAGAGGUAUUAAGGUCAACAUGAUGUUGCACUUUCGCUAUCAUCGUUCUUAUUUUUGUAUACCCUUUAAUAAUUUGAUUAUGAACAUUAUUGUAACGUUGAUUGCGUAAAUGUUCUUUUGUUUUGA